AUUAAAUUCUAUUUGUUUUUGAAUUUUUUAAUAUUUCAAUAUUCAUUAUAAAAUGUGAUUUUUGGAAUCCGUAAUUUUAAUUUAUACGUUUACACAUCUUACUGUUCAAUGAUUAAUUUUGAAUUCUUAUGGUAUUGUAUGAAUCCUUUUUGUUAUUUUCAAAGGCUGCUAACCGAGAGGAAAUUUCAACUGUUGUUUAUCAUAUAUCAAAACUAGCAAAUACGUACCACGGCCUUGUUUUAAACACUCAGGAUCUAGGACUUAGGUAUACUACUCACAGGAUUAAUAAACCAAGGGUUGGUGUUUUUUGGUAUGGAAGGUACUAUUAUGUUGCUUUUGCAGCAAAUCCGAAGAUUAUUCCAAAUCUACACAAACUCUAUAACUCAAAUUCUAAUAUUCUCAGACAUACUACAAUGAGGAUGCUAUAUCGCACUAAUCUAAUGACUAUCCCAUAUAGUCAUCACUAUGAAGAUUUAUAAUAAUGUAUCAUAGAAACA